AUGCUGUCCAUUAUCAACUUGUUGUACCUGACACUGCUCGCCUCGGUCGUUUCGGCGGCGCCGGCAAACAACCAGAAGCGAUCGAUCCAGAAGCGGUCGUUCAAGGUCGAACGGGUACGGAACUUGAACUUCAAGGGACGCAAUGGCCCUAGGGAGUUGAUGAAGGCGUAUGCCAAGUACAGCAUGCCGGUGCCUCAGGGGCUCCUUGACGCCAUCGCAGCUCAAGGCAAGUCCGACGUCAAGUUGCAGUCUGUUGGCGAGUCCAGGGUCAGUGCCCAGGGCGCUACAAACGGCACCAAGGGCGUUGGCUUGGUCACUGCAACGCCCGAGGCCGGUGACGUCGAGUACCUGUCUCCCGUCACCAUUGGUGGACAGACGUUGAACCUGGACUUCGACACCGGUUCUUCGGAUCUCUGGGUCUUCAGCACCAUGCUUCCCCAGAACGUCCAGUCCGGCCACACCAACUUCGACCCGUCUAAGUCGACGACCUUUAAGCAGCAGCAGGGAUCAUCCUUCCAGAUUCGCUAUGGUGACGGGUCCGGAGCGUCUGGUAUCGUCGGUACUGAGACCGUCGACAUUGGCGGCGUCAGCGUCACCGGCCAGGCGGUCGAGAUGGCCACGCAGGUCUCUGGUUCUUUCGUCCGCGACACGGCCAACAACGGUCUCGUCGGCCUCGCCUUCUCCCAGCUCAACACGGUCAAGCCGGUUCCGCAACAGACCUUUUUCGACAACGUCAUGCCCAACCUGGCCGAGCCCCUGUUCACUGCUGAUCUGCGCAAGAAUGCCGUCGGCGCCUACGAGUUUGGCCGCAUCGACACCAGCAAAUUCACCGGCGAGAUGAAGUUCAUCCCGGUCAACACCACGCGCGGCUUCUGGCAGUUCUCGAGCGAGAAGUUCCAGGUUGGAAACGGACCGGUCAAGCAGGGCACCCGCGGUGGCCAGGCCAUCGCCGACACCGGCACCACCCUGAUCCUCGCCAACCCUACCACCGUCAACGGUUACUACAGCCAGGUUUCUGGCGCCGUCAACGACCAGCAGGUCGGUGGUAUCACCAUCCCUUGCGAUGCUCAGCUGCCCGACUUGAUGCUUGACGCCGGUGGUACCAUGAUCAAGGUCAAGGGCUCCGACAUUGUCUUUGCUCAGGUCCAGGGUAACACUUGCUUCGGUGGCAUGCAACCCACCACCUCAAGUCUGCAAAUCUACGGCGACAUUAUGUUCAAGUCGCAGUUUGUUGUCUUCAAUGGCGGCAACAAGACUUUGGGUUUCGCCGACCACGCAUAG